UCAUGGGAGAUGGCAGAGGAGCGCGGUGGCAGCGCAUGGUGUGCAUGCGUGCGUGUGUGUGUGUGACGGGGGAGGGAUGUGGAUGAGGAGCGGGCUCUCUUUCUUUCUCACAGGGCUCAGUUAAUCCUGCUAUCAGGCGCUGGUAAGCAGCAGUCUCAGCGCUGGAUUCCGAGAGAAGGAGACGCGCAAUCCAGAAGGCGCAGCAGAGGGGAGGCGAGAGAGGCAGCUAAAGAGAGCAGAGCGGGGGAAAAAUCAAAUCUAUGCUCGGAACUGGGCUUCUUUUUCGCCAAUGCAAAAGGGAAUAUGCAGCACAUUUUUGCCUUCUUCUGCACCAGUUUCCUAGGGGCGGUGUUAGGGGCCAAUUUCCCCAACAAUAUCCAGAUAGGGGGGUUAUUUCCUAAUCAACAAUCCCAGGAACAUGCGGCUUUUAGGUUUGCGCUGUCUCAGCUCACGGAACCCCCUAAGCUCCUUCCCCAGAUCGACAUUGUGAACAUUAGCGACAGCUUUGAAAUGACAUACACCUUCUGCUCGCAGUUCUCCAAGGGUGUCUAUGCCAUCUUUGGAUUUUACGAGAGGAGGACCGUCAACAUGCUCACGUCUUUCUGCGGGGCUCUCCAUGUCUGUUUCAUAACACCCAGCUUUCCUGUCGACACAUCCAACCAGUUUGUUCUCCAGCUUCGCCCAGAGCUCCAGGAUGCCCUCAUCAGUGUCAUUGAACACUACAGCUGGCAGAAGUUUGUGUACAUUUAUGAUGCUGACCGGGGGCUGUCAGUCCUACAGAAAGUGCUGGACACUGCAGCCGAGAAGAACUGGCAGGUGACAGCUGUCAACAUCCUGACGACAACAGAAGAGGGCUACCGCAUGCUCUUCCAGGAGCUGGAGAAGAAGAAGGAGAGACUGGUGGUGGUGGACUGUGAAUCCGAGCGGCUGAACAUCAUCCUUAGCAAGAUCAUCAAGCUUGAAAGAAAUGGGAAUGGAUACCACUACAUUUUGGCAAACAUGGGAUUUAUGGAUAUUGAUCUGACGAAAUUCAGGGAGAGCGGAGCCAACGUCACUGGCUUCCAGUUGGUGAAUUACACGGAUACUGUUCCUGCCAGGAUCAUGCAGCAGUGGAGGAAUAACGAUGCCAGGGAGCUUCCUCGUGUGGACUGGAAGAGGCCAAAGUACACGUCGGCCCUUACAUAUGAUGGGGUCCGGGUGAUGGCCGAGGCGUUUCAGAACCUGCGGAGGCAGCGGAUUGACAUCUCCCGACGUGGCAAUGCUGGGGACUGCCUCGCCAACCCGGCCGUGCCCUGGGGACAGGGCAUUGACAUCCAGAGAGCGCUGCAGCAGGUCCGUUUUGAAGGACUGUCUGGCAACGUUCAGUUUAAUGAGAAGGGGCGGAGGACCAACUACACCCUCCAUGUGAUUGAGAUGAAACACGAUGGGAUCAGAAAGAUUGGUUAUUGGAACGAAGACGAAAAGUUAGUUCCAGCAGCCAUAGAUACUCAAACUGGCAACGAGUCCACGAGCCUCCAGAACAGGACGUACAUAGUCACAACGAUCCUAGAAGACCCAUACGUGAUGCUCAAGAAGAACGCCAAUCAGUUUGAAGGCAAUGAGAGGUAUGAAGGCUACUGUGUGGAGCUUGCUGCUGAGAUUGCAAAGCAUGUUGGCUACCACUACAGGCUGGAGAUUGUCAGAGAUGGGAAGUAUGGAGCCCGGGACCCCGACACCAAAACGUGGAACGGCAUGGUGGGAGAACUCGUUUACGGGAGGGCUGAUGUGGCUGUGGCACCAUUAACCAUCACUCUGGUUCGAGAAGAAGUUAUAGACUUUUCUAAACCGUUUAUGAGCUUAGGUAUCUCUAUCAUGAUAAAAAAACCUCAGAAGUCCAAACCGGGGGUGUUUUCUUUUCUGGACCCUUUGGCUUAUGAAAUAUGGAUGUGCAUUGUUUUUGCCUACAUUGGAGUGAGCGUUGUCCUCUUCUUGGUGAGUCGCUUCAGCCCUUACGAGUGGCACACUGAGGAGUUUGAGGAAGGACGGGACCAGCCGGCCAACGAUCAGACGAAUGAGUUUGGGAUAUUCAACAGUCUCUGGUUCUCCCUGGGAGCUUUUAUGCAGCAAGGAUGUGAUAUUUCUCCAAGGUCUCUCUCCGGCCGCAUAGUCGGUGGCGUCUGGUGGUUCUUCACCUUGAUCAUCAUAUCCUCCUACACAGCUAACCUGGCUGCCUUCCUCACAGUGGAAAGGAUGGUUUCUCCCAUCGAAAGUGCAGAGGACUUGGCCAAGCAGACAGAAAUCGCCUAUGGAACCCUGGAAGCUGGCUCCACUAAAGAGUUUUUUAGGCGAUCCAAAAUAGCAGUGUUUGAGAAGAUGUGGACAUACAUGAAGUCAGCUGAACCCUCCGUUUUUGUGAGGACAACAGAAGAAGGGAUGAUCCGGGUGAGGAAGUCGAAAGGAAAGUAUGCCUACCUCUUGGAGUCCACCAUGAAUGAGUACAUCGAGCAGCGGAAGCCCUGUGACACCAUGAAAGUGGGAGGUAACUUGGACUCCAAAGGCUAUGGCAUUGCAACGCCAAAGGGGUCUGCACUGAGAGGUCCCGUAAACCUAGCGGUUUUGAAACUCAGUGAGCAAGGCGUCUUAGACAAGCUGAAAAGCAAAUGGUGGUACGAUAAAGGGGAAUGUGGAAGCAAGGACUCCGGAAGUAAGGACAAGACGAGCGCUCUGAGUCUCAGCAAUGUGGCGGGGGUUUUCUAUAUCCUCAUCGGUGGGCUCGGACUAGCCAUGCUGGUUGCCUUAAUCGAGUUUUGUUACAAGUCCAGAAGUGAAUCAAAGCGGAUGAAGGGUUUUUGUUUAAUCCCACAGCAAUCAAUCAACGAAGCCAUACGGACAUCAACCCUUCCCAGGCCGGCUGCAGCAGGAGGCAGUGGAGAAAACGGACGUGUGGUCAGCCACGAUUUCCCCAAAUCCAUGCAGACGAUCCCGUGCAUGAGCCACAGCACUGGCAUGUCCCUAGGAGCUACGGGAUUAUAAUUGGCCUUUUGAACCAUUGCCUGGGUGAGAGCAGGGACAGCCCAACUCCACCCCCUCCAGAGCCAAAAACAAACCCAACACCAACAAGACAAAUGACGAUGACAGAAGGGACAAUUGGAUGGAUCUUCUCGAGGAAAUCAAAUCUAUUUCCCUUUUUCUUUUGCAAACAGAUCCACCGGCAGGAGAACAGAAACAGGUCUGUACUGCAAUAAGGAGAGCGUAAUGGGAUUAACAGACUCGUGAACCAUCCCUGAUCGAAGAACCACUGGAACACUAAUGAGGACUAUGCCAUUUUGUUUUAACUUGGUUGUUAAUAAGUCUUAGUGUGUGCAAUAUAUACAUUUUUUUCUUACUAAUUCCUGUGGUGUCAGGGUAACAUCAGUCCUUUCCCCUUUCCCUGCUCUGCCCUUUAAUCUGGUUUAGUUUGGGUUGCAAACCGUAACAUCUGUGCUACUAACAGCAAAAAGAAAUUCCAAUGAAUGACAAGUUGAACUCCCAGCAGGGUGUCAACGUCAGCCCCUUUUGUCUAUCGUGAUUCUGUUGUGAAUUUGGGGUGUGGAGUUAUUGCAACAAGGCAGACAGAGCUGCGAAUGGCUCUCCCUGCAGCAGGAAGGACUCAAUGCAAGAAGAAACUGAAAAAGAAUAGGAGGCUGUCUUGCAAGAGCGAAGAUAUGAGUGAGUUUGGAAACCCCAGGUAACCUGACGAUAAAGUGAUAAUUCUUCCAGAGAUGAUGAGUGGCAGUUCAAGAGAAGGAUCGUGUGCCUGAAGAGGAGAGCAUCAUGCAUGGCUGCUCUAAGAUCAUGGUAGCUGCUGUUUAUGGAAGAUAGAAGAUAAAUGCAGUAUUCCCCUUACAUGCCACUCUCCUGCCUAGGCUACUGGGGGCUAAUAAGCAAUUGUGAACCAUUUCUUCAUUGCUUAGCUUCUGUGUGUGCUCCCUUUUUGGUGGUCACAUAAGGGAACCACCUUGAGCCGGGAAUAGAUCAUCUCAAGACAUGCAGUUCUAGAUGGCUGCCUAUUAACGAGUAAAACACACUAGAAGUCACGGGGCUGCAAUGGGAAUAUCCCAACCUUUUUGCUCUGAAAUCCCUUUAUGGCCGUUUUUCUAAUUAAAAGGGACAUAUUUUAGACAGUUGGCUGGAAUGGCUUUCUGGAAGGAACUGCUGAAGCAAACAUGAAGGAGAUCCUAUAAGAGCUUCAUUCAAGCAUCCAUGACAUAUGAUUGCAUCAGAGCUGGUUAAACUUAGCCUUCCUGUCAAGCUGUGGCCUGUUCUUUGGGCACAAAGCCAAAAGUAGCAGAUUCCCACUCGUGUAUCCCUAUGGAGGGGAAAGCAACCCCAAGCAAGGAGAGCAGAUUGCUGACACCAAACUAGGUAUUGCAGAAACCGGCACUGAGGGUCAGGCAGCUGGAAGCCCAGCUACAAGAGAUCAAAGGGACAAGGCUGGCUUUCCAGAACUGCACAAAAGAUUCAUUCUGUGAAUCUUUGGCAUGGACAAACACUUCCCAUCCUGGUGGGCCUGAGGCGCUUCUCCAGAAGCGAAGAAUCACCAGGGGAGUAUCUAGAGCAAGAGAAGAUCUGCGGGACAGGGACCACAGUGAAUCCACUCAGCCUUGUCCCAUCGCUGAAGGCACAUAAAGUUCCAAACUUCUCACAGGACUCAGCAAAUAUCUGGCCGGGGACUGAGCUGCUAUUGGAGCAUUCUGAACUGCUUUUUUCUCUCUCUCUCUUUUUUUUUUUCUUCCUGAAACGUAGCAAGUGAGGAGCAGAAAAGGAAGAGAUGCAAGUGAAGACAGUUAUGCAGGCAAAUGACUGGCACAAGUCUAUGAGGAGGGUCUGUCCAUACAGCUGUCCACAGGGCUGGAAACUGCCUGAACCCCACGUUCCAUUAGUGUACUCUGCAGAGCAAUACGUUUACCACCUUUAACACCAGCCUGGUCCAAAGCAUCUGUCCCAUCUACCUGCUUGUCUUGCAACACUUUGGACACCAGUGAGUCAAAGAGUCAAGGUCUGAAGCUCAGGCACAGCAUGUCUUAUGCUAGUGUUUUUUCUUCUCCGCUGCUGGAAACCCUUCUGGUCUUCACCUCUCAUCGCCAAACAUGAGUUCUGUCAUCAGCUGCUCCAAACACCUCUACAGAUCACUUUGUGUUGAUUAUCAUUGUUUUUAAUCCACUUACCUUUCCUUAAUUUUAACUUCAGCUCUACAUAAGCACUAACAUGGUCAGAGCAAUCCCUCAAGCUAGCCUGCUUCCAUGUCUACAGCUCUCGGAGGCAUCUCCUGUCCCAGCUCUUGCCACAUCCCAGCGAGGGCUGCCAAGCCCUUCAGUGCUCUGUCCUCCUCCAAAGACAUGAUCACCAUGGUGGAUGGUCACAGGGAGCCCAGCUGGGCACGCAGACAUCAAUGGCAUCGUGGGAAGCAAUGCGCAUGUGCCAGGACUGUCCACCUGUGACAUAAAGAUGUGGGAUGCGAUCUUCAAAGGCUUUUUGAUCAGUGACAGGGUUAAAAAAAAAAAAAAAAAGAGGAAUAGGACAAAAGCGUGGAAAAAUGUUAACUUGUAAUAUGUAUUUUUACUACACUUUUCUUAAAAAUAGAGUAACAGUAAAACUCUUAAAGACAUUGACAUUUUUUCUCAACAGGAAUCCAUAUUUAACAGUUUUGGCUUUCAUUAAAUUUUGCUCUUUGGUACCUGGAUCUUUUAUUUAACAGCUAUAUU